GAAAUGGGGUGAAAGGAAAUCGAAACCGAACAUGAACUACGACAAAAUGUCGCGAGCACUACGCUACUAUUACGAUAAAAAUAUCAUGUGUAAAGUACACGGGAAACGAUACGCAUACAAGUUUGAUUUUCAAGAGUCAAUUCUUUUAUUUAUGGGGCGAUCUCAAAUUUUCCCCCUCUAUGAAAGCAGCUACGCUCUUUAUGAAAGAUCUGUUAUUCCCUCAGUUGUUUUCAUUCUACUGUCGCACAAGGAUAGUUUCAAAAAUGACAGAUUCCUGUUUGGUAGCAAGUGGGUGAGUCAAGAAGGGCGUAAAAACAAGCAAACGGAUGCGGAUUUGAAGGGGAGCAAUUGGAAUGAGAGGCACGAAAAAUGUGAUAGAAUAGCUCAAGCGCUCCAACCUCAGUCUGGCGGUGCUAGCUCAGAUUACCUUUCCCCUCAAACCGUAAAUCGACUACAGCAGGACUUCAUGCAGGGCGGUUGGUCGGCAAACUACAGGUCACUGAUACCAACUGGGUUACAGACAAGUGGUGCCUUCUUUAAUCCGUCAACCAUGGGCUACGGUGGAUUUGCAGCUGGCGGAAAUAAUGCAGCACUACAAAGAAAUUUUCCCAUUUACGGAUCAAACAUGACCAACUACUCAAAAUGUUUGUGAUU